AUGACGUUAUUUUUGUUUAUAGUCACUCAGACUUUGAUGGCGAUUGAAACAUUUAAACAAACUAACUUAGUUCAGUUUCAAUAACAAGCACUCGUCAGCCGCUCCUCUCUAGAUAGGGACGUUAUGAAAAGCAGGAUUAUUAUCUCAAAACACAUGUUCGCGCGGGGGGUAAUAAAGAUAUGGAGCUAAUCAACGGAAGACUGGCGUGCCUCAGGCGGGGCUGCAAGAGACCCGAGCCGCCGAGCGCGAACCUGAGGCGGGAUGUCAGCAAAGUUCUGAGGCCGCUUCGUGUGGAAAACAACGACAAUGAUGAUGGACCCAUGAGGGAGGAGGAGUGUUUCGCUACGGGCUUCGUCAAGAACGAUCCCGCCGCGGUGGUCAGGGCGCCACGGUACAGAUUGACACGGGAGGUGGGUCGCGGAAGCUACGGCGUGGUCUACGAGGCGAUCGCUCGCAGGUCCGGUGCCCGGGUGGCCGUGAAGAAGCUUCGCUGCGACGCGCCCGAGAAGGUGGAACUGGCGCUGGCGGAGUUCUGGGCGCUGGCAAGCCUUGAAAAGAAGCACGAGAACGUGGUCCAACUGGAGGAGUGCGUCCUGCAAAGGAACGGGAUGGCACAGAAAAUGAGCCACGGCAACAAAACAUGCAAACAGUAUUUGAGAUUAGUGGAAACGUCGUUGAAAGGUGAGCGUAUCUUGGGUUACCCUGAAGAACCGUGUUAUCUUUGGUUUGUUAUGGAGUUCUGUGACGGCGGUGACCUAAACCAGUACAUCCUCUCCCGACGGCCCGACCCACGGACCAACCAAAGUUUUAUGAAGCAGCUGACCAGCGCUGUGGCCUUCCUUCAUAAAAACAAUGUCGUCCACCGUGACCUCAAACCAGACAACAUUCUCAUCUCACAGAAAUCAGGGAACCCCAUCGUCAAGGUCGCCGACUUCGGCCUCAGCAAGGUGUGCGCAGGACUCUUUGAGGACGAAAGUCACGAGCAGGUAAACAAAAACAUUGUGAACGUAAACAAAUUCUGGCUCUCAUCAGCCUGCGGCUCGGAUUUCUUCAUGGCUCCAGAGGUGUGGGAGGGACACUAUACUGCCAAAGCGGACAUUUUCGCGCUCGGGAUCAUCAUUUGGGCCAUGAUCGAACGGAUCACGUUUAUCGACGCCGAAUCCAAGCGCGAACUCCUCGGCACGUACGUUCGUCAGGGAGCAGAGAUCGUGCCGGUGGGUGAGGCCUUGCUGGAGAACCCAAAGAUGGUUCUCCACAUACCACAGAGGACCCGUAGCGUCAUGUCAGAGGACAUCAGGCGACUCUUGCAGGACAUGCUGGCCGUCAACGCGGAGGACCGGCCUGACGCGUUUCAGUUGGAAGUCAGAAUGAACCAAGUCACGUGUGCGGCGUAAGCAGAAGCGACAUGGCAGAAGAAGCAUGCAAUUAUAUUUCAGGUUUAGUGAUGGAUGGCAGUGCACACUGAUGAGGACAUUUAAAGUGACAGUGGAUCUUUGAACGGUGAAUCUGGUUUUGUGAUUGUUUCAAAAGGUGAAAAAUAUAUUUUAAUUAAAGGGGAAAGAUUUCGGUAGACCCAUCACAUAAGCUAUGCAAGCAUCUUAAUGAACAGACCUUUUCUACUUUUGCAUUUAGUUUCUCCCAUAAACCUUCCAAAGAAACCACACACGCCACCGUAAAGGCACGUAUUAGACAUGACAAUGACACGUUGCUGGUUUUCUCUCGUGUGGCGGUGUGCUGUUGUUUUGCUUCAGACGAAUUGCACAUAUCUUGUGUACACCUCUGUGAAAACUACCUACAGCCUCUUUACCAGACAGUAUGUGUGUGAAUAUAAUUCAAUCUAGAUGAUGCAGAUUGUUCUGAAAUGCUCAAACGUUUACAUGACUAAGAGGAAAAUGUUUAUAAAGCUUGUGCAUAUGAAGACUGUGAACUAUAAUGUGAAUAUUUGGGUAUAUAUUGACCCUGUGUCUCGUAUACAUGGGUGUGAAUGUCUCUGAUCCGAGCAACAGCACAUCUUACUGGAAAAAAAUCACAUUUGUGCCUUAUUGUACUUUUUUUUUUAAGGAUGGGUUAAAUGAUUUUCAUUAUCAUUUUGUUUUAAAAGAUUUUAUCUGGAUUGAAACCGUGUUUCAUUUCUGUGGUUGUUGGUCUCAAGGGUUUUUCAAACACCCUUUCUGUGUUGUUAAAAAACUUUUACUAAGUCCUAUUUAAGAGGGAUUCAGAUUUAACCUUUGCAAAUUCAGGUGUACUUUUCUUAAAUGUUGAAAAAAACGUUUAAAUGUGUUGUUUUCAAAGGUCAUCAGACCGGCACAAAUAUUAAAGCUAAAUGAGAUACAAAAACAGAUUAAGCAUAAAUAUUAUAUCUAUUUUUUGUUCAUUUUUUCAUCAGUGGACUGUAAAUAAUAAUUUGAUAAGGGAUCAAACAACAUCUCAAAACAUUCAUCUUGAACUUUUGUCAAAAGUUGUCUUUAUAUCACAUAAAUAUCACAUUGACAGAUGGGACAAAAUCUAAAAAUGUUUGUGAAAUAUUUUCCAUACACACAUUAUGUUGUCAAAUGUUUUUUUUUACUGAGUGAAUAUCUUGAGUCUUUGUUUAAUACACUACACUCCAAGUUCUGUUUUGUAGAUGUGCCAGACAUUGCCUGUUUACUUUAGAUUACAACCUUUGUGAAAGAGAUUAUUGUAUAGAUGAGGUUUUAUGGUAAAAAGGGAGAUUUAUUCUAGCCCUGAACACAUUCAUACCCAGUGAACCACAACGUUAUGGGCACAAAAUAUGCUAUUCAUGUAUCUGAACUGAACGUUUUACUACAGUAGAUAACCGCAGUGACACACAAGUCCUUCUCUUAGUUGGAAGUGAUUUUUAUUCA